GAACGAAAAGCAACCCACCAACAACCUUGUCACUGCAGACAGCAAGCGAAACACGUCUUGCCCGAAGAAAACAAGCAAACAACUCAUCAGCACGGAGAUAAGCAUCUAUCAGCAGUAGAUAACCGGGUUCGAGAUCUAUGCUAGUUAUUGGGAGAAGACAUAGCACUAUUGUACUAUAUUGAACACAAAAGUAUAUAAUCCAUCAUGAAGGAGGUCCUCCUGGAAGAAGUCUUCUCCCUCCUUGAAGAAGCUAAGCGCCUCGAGAAGACCGGGUGCAAUCGAAUCGAAGCGGCUACAAAGUAUUACGAAGGCUGUUACGUCAUGCGGCAAAUCCUUGCCACGGAUGCAGCAGCAGCACCUCCAUUAGAAUCCUCCGAUUCGCAAAAAACCGCAUCGACGCUUGGAUCUUCUAGUCGGAGGUUGCUCGAAACAAAGAUUGACCACUACACCAAGAUCGCUCGGCGGAUGUAUUUCGACGACAGUAGUAUCUGCGGGGAACGACAACAAAAACAUACUCCCGGGAUGCAGGAGCAACACGGCGAAUCUAGCCGUAGUGCUCAAUCGCAACAUCAAUGCAAUCCGCAACACCAGCCGGCAACUUCGGUGAUGAUCGAACUUCUUGACGAUGCCAUUUCCGUCCUAACAACUCCUUCAGUUCCAGUUUCACACAAUAAUUUCCCUCCUGAAACUAUUCCGCUUACGCAUCCUCAUCUGUCUUCCAAAGACGACAGUAUUACAGUGGGAUCACCGGCUCAGGAAAAUCRAAAUGAAGAUUCUCGCCUCCGAUCACGAGGAGUGCGCUGGAACGAUACGAUUCAAAAACAACCCACGCAGCAGAAGCAGCGACAGCAGCAAAAAAGACAACAGCAACAGCAACAGCAAAAAAGACAACCACAACUGCAACAGCAACAGCAACUUCAAAAUAAGCGGGAGCCUCAAAGCCACCAACAAAAGCGAACGCAGCGGGUCACAACGCCCGAACUCGUCACGCUCGAGCGACAGAUACACGAUCGUAUGAACUUUGCCAAUUCCAGAUUGAGUCGAGCCAUCGACCUCGACGAACGCCAGGGCCGGGUGCUUGCCGCUAACAACAAGAACAAUGAUUGCCCCGCAUGGCAAUGGCCAUCCCCGUUGCAGUUUAUGCGAACGAAUAAUCCAGAUUUUAACAACUGCCGCGACACCACAAUCGAGGCUUACAUGGAAGCAUCGGAAUGGUACCUCAAAGCUAUUCAAUUGGCCGAAAACCAACGAAACAAGCUGCGUUCGGCUGYCACGGAAAACGCCAGACAAAGACACGGCAAUCGAUCGAGCAUCUCCCUUSGAACAAUGGAUGCAACCCUCCAAAGGGUCCUGCCCAAGCUCAAGCGUUUGAUGAUUUCGUCUCUGGAUCGAGUAGAGGCCCUAAAAAAGGAAAACAAGCGGUGCAGCACCGCGGCCGUCUCUGUGGCUUUCUCCAACCCUCUUGGUGAUCGWAAAAAGGACAGGGUUCAGGAACGGGUAACGAAAGCUCCCCAUGAUUCGCUUCCCAGGGCCGUCCCCGUUGGUUUCGCACGUCUUCUCCCGAACCAUAAUUCGUUCCGGCAAAGCGAUCGGCGAACGGAUCGGGUUCCACGACCAGACAAUCGUACACCUCGCAAUUCUCUUCCGUUGGCCAUUCCGGUUUCCGUAUAAUCAUCCAAGAGCAAGAGAAUAUGUCUUGGAAACGAAAAGCAACGACGAUAGCGAGCUACUCCAACGACUGUGACCUGGCAAAGAGAUACAUCCAGAAGGAAAAACUAUAAUAUAGAAAUAUACCAUAAACGAAAUAUAUAGAC